AUUUGUGCUCAGUUUUUUGCUGGCAGCAGUGGUAGUGAUAGCCGCUGUCGGUGGUGGUGUUGGGGGUUCACUAGCAGUCCAAAAACGAUGCGAUGUCUUCCGUAGCAUCGCCUACUACAGUUGUCACGACCACAGUCACUGCGCUGGUGCCUGCAUCGACGGACAGCGAUAGCCCGAUAGUAGUCCCAACCCAAGGAAAAAUCCAGCUUCCCUGCCCAGCCAUGGAGGGUGAAACGAGAACAAUACAACUCUCCGACGGUACUGCCCAAUUUGCCAUGCAUUGUGGCAUGAGCUUCGGGUCGAAGGGGGCUCUAGACAUCCUUGCAGUUGUAGUCUACUCGUACUUGGACUGCCUCAGGGCUUGUGCAUCAUAUAAUCGCAACUCAGGGUCGAAAACAUGCGUCGCGGCGACUUUUAAUGCGAAUCUGGGAAAUGUCGGCCCAAACAAUGGGAAUUGUUGGCUCAAAAACGCGACUAGUCCCCGGUCUAUUUCUGACAACUCUGCUGUGGGCGGCAUCCUGGAUUGAGCAUCUAGUCCCCUUCUCUCGUGAAUAUUAUGAUCACUGCAUCUGGGCGGUGAGACACUGCUUCUAGUUAGACCAAUUGUACUUAUUCAGGAGGCGGAACUGCCAUAACAUGUAUAAUCAACGAGCAUCAGUUGAGUUUGAUGCCAUAGAGUCGAUAGCCUUUAGAGUCUCAGUCAAGCAUCUCUGAUCCUCU